CACAUUGACUUUUUUUCAAUUCGUAACCUAUGGGACACUCUUGGGAUUUUAAAAACUUCAUUAAUUUGGAAAUGCGGCGCUGAGAGACUCAUUAAAGAAGAAAACUUGGGACUACCUUAGAUCAUGCGUUUGAUCAAACCUUUCUUGAUGACACUGUCUUGCAGAGUUCUGGGGAAUCCUAAACUCUGUCACCCUGACAAGAUAUUUUCAGCAAUGAUGGAGGAUUGGGCAGGUGUGAUGAUGUCAUGCCUGCCUCCCCUGUGAACUCCGGUGCCCCUUGUCUCUUGGGAAACGUGAGACGGAAACAGAUAAAGGCCAAUACCCUGGCAGGAUUUAAUCUUCUGUCUAGUACGAUGAGACAACAUGUUGUAGAAGGCUGGUGGACAUAAACUCUAGGUCCUCCUAGAGUUGUCCUGGCACCCCACAAAAAUUUAAAAGUGUGGGGGGGCUAGGCAGGGUUUAAAUGGUGUUAAUAACAGAGGAACAAAGUGAUGGUUCAAAGGUUCGGGAGAAUGGAGUGUCCAGAGGCGUGGGACUGGACAGCCCCUUUAGGGCCCAUAAAAUGGAUACGCCGAUCAUGUCAAUCAUCACCGUUGACGAAAAUGGGGAUGAGAGCGAGAUAUCAGGAGAGGAUGAUAACGAGGAGAUUGAAGCUGAUUACAGACACAAUUAUUGGGAAGACGAGGACGAUAUCUACCAGGAGUUCGAGGAGUUGGACUUUGAGGCCUUGCCGGAUCGCUCAGACACGCACAGCAUUGCCUCGGGCGAUUCUUUCUAUCCUCCGGACAAUUCGGACGUGUCCGCAAUGUGUCGCUUUAGCUACUACAAUCCUGAGCCCAUUUCCUUCUUUAAGGCCUGCUGCAACAACAACUCCAUCAUCGUCAAGAUUAUGAUCAGACAAGGAGUGACCGAAGAGGAGGUGCAUGAGACCGAUCGGAAUAGAAGAUCUGGUCUGAUUGUGGCGUGUUACCAUGGUUACGUGGAUGUGGUCAUGGCCCUCUCUCAGUGCCCGUAUGUUGAUGUUAACUGGCAGGACAACGAAGGCAACACUGCUCUCAUUACUGCAGCACAAGCAGGUCAUGCAUUCAUUUCAUACUACCUGCUCAACUACUUCUCUGGGAUGGACAUCGAGAGGAGGAACUGUCACGGUUUCACAGCUCUGAUGAAGGCUGCCAUGCAGGGUCGGACCGACUGUGUCAGGGCGCUCAUGAUGGCUGGCUGUGAUAUUCAGGCACGAGACAACGGCCGGGGUAUGACACCCAGAGAGUGGGCUCUGUUCACAGGUCGAUAUGAGACGGCCCAUCUGAUGUAUCUACUGAUGUCGAAGCCUAUUGCUGAGCAGUUCUGUGACUCCUUCUCCCUGGAGUGGCCCAUGUUGGAGGAGCUGGUGGCCAAGGCCCAGGAGCCAAAGUCCUGCUGGAGGCGUUUAAUCAACUCCCUUUCCUGCUGCAAUUCUAAGUUUUACCUCAACAACAAGGUAAACCCUGUGGAUGACGGUGUUCUGGACCACAUGGUCCGGGUCACCACCAGUAUCUCCAGUCCAUUCAUUGCUACAGCUUGCCGUACGGUGUGUCCAAGCAGCCCGCCGUGCAUCGGGAAGCGCCGUCACGCCGUGCAGGAGAUCCUCCGGCGGCAGCGCUUGUCUGAGCUGAAGCGUCUCGGCCCGGACAGACUGAACAACUACAAGAGAUUUUUCCAGAACUCGCGGGUCCUCCUCAUCCCUAAGACGAGGGAUCGGAGAGCCAGCCUGCAGACUCAGCUGCUGAGCGAUGUGGCCACAGUGGCCAUGAGACGAGCGAGCCUCCUGCCUCUGCACAUGCUGAGGAGGAGCAGCGUGCGGCCGGGCAUCGUGGUGCCCAAAGUGAGGCUCUGCAAAGCCCCCGCUCCCAUCUUUAUACCAGAAAAAAUCAAACGGAGCAGAAACCACAACGAGCUGCAGAUCCCCAAGUGGAACUACAAGAUGAAGAUAAUAGAAAGGAGGCAAGAGGAGGAGAGGCAAAGACUGUUGCCUCUGAUUAGAAGGAGAUGAAGGUGAAAGGGAGUACGAGUGAUGUCAGACAGCAGGACACGAGCUUGAGUAGUGCUGCAGUCCAAGAAAACCUUGCAUGAACAAAUGACUCUGUUAAUGUAAAUAUAACUAUGUUUUUGUUUGCUCACAUUGCCAACAUUGUUGGAUUUGUUGCCUUGUUUCUACUGGAGUUCACACAUCUCAUUUGUAAAGCAUAACUUGUGGUGCAAUGUGGGAGACACAGGAACAGGAUCUCCAUACAGUACAGUGUAGCAUUUGCAAAUUCUGCUAGGAUGUUAACAAACACAAUUUUUCCAAAGAAGAUUAAAACUGUGGAAUCACUGGACAAAAUUUCCACAAUAACCUUACUAACAGCAUAUUGUAAUUCAUGUGGUCUGAGAGAAAAUCAGACUUCAGCACCUUAUCUUGGUUCCGUGUUCAGGCUUCAGAACAUCUAGCCCAGGAGACUUUGGCCAAUCUCAGGUCAAGGGAGUGCAUUUCUACAAAACUUGUGAAAGCCUGAUUCAAUGAUGGGACAUCCAGCA